CGCCGCCGCCGCCGAGAAACAAGAGCAAAUUUCAACUUAAAAAUAAAUAAAUAAAUAAACGAGAGAGAAAGGGUCACCGGCUCGAAUUGUGCAAGUGGAACCCGUCGCUGUCGCUAGCACCGCUUUUUUGUGUUGUUGUUUUGUUUCAUGUGCACGCUGCCUGUUCGGAUCGCUCCAUUUGUCCGGACUGUCCUUCUGCUUUGGAUCAACGCGAUCGAAUCGACGACAGCGCCAGUGUGGAUUUGUUUUUCUUUUUAUUUAUUUCUCUACAAUAACCUGGAUGUUUCUGAGCCGUGAAGACGGGGUCGUUUGUUGUUGUCGUUGCUGGCGGUGAAGAUGGGGGACUUUUAUGACCCGGAACACCCAACAGAAUUAGCCUGGAAUCCUCAUCAAGUUGAUGUACUGUCUACCACGCAAAGAGAAGAAGGCAGUGAUGCAGUGGCCAAAGGAGAAAAGCUUUCUAAACCACUACUGCUUAAAACCGUGGUACCUAAAGGGAUGUCGUCUAGUCGGUUUCUCCCCAAGGGAACAAAGACUAAAGUAAAUCUGGAGGAUCAAGGCAGGCAGAAGGUCUCAUUCAGCUUCAGUGUAGUCAAGAAACCUCUUCAGAACCGGUUCUUGAGGUCCAUGAGUCCAGAUAAGCAACCGCUUGAGCCCCUAACUCCUACCUUGACUGCAAUAACUUCUUUUCCAGAAAAAGCUGGGCAAGAUCUGGCAGAACGAUUUACAAUUGACCAACAUGCACACUCUCAACAGAAACCUAAGAUGGACAUGGGAAAAAUGCACUUCAAAAAACAGCUCCAGAAUGUUAAGACAAAAACAGAGCUAUCACUAGAGCUAGACACUGCUCCUGUUUUUACAAACUCUGUAUUAGAACAAGAGGCAUCAUGUGAGCCUGAGUUCAAGUUAGACACUGAAAUUCGGGAUACUGUGCUAAAUAAUUUUCCUAAUGAGUGUUUGCCAGAAGAUGCCACUGAGUGUGCAACCCCCUCCCAGGAGGCCUUUCCGGAUACUUCCCAUAUUGGGAAAUGUGAAGAAAAUAUGAGCAGCAAAAAAAAUCAACCUUUAGAACCUUCUGAAAAUAUAGAGUUAAAGAAAAACUCUGGUACUUCUGAAUGUCAUCUUAUUAGCUCAGAAUCAGAUGGUGAUUCAGUAAAAACUACUUCUAGUCAAAAGUCAGUAGAACCCAAAAUUCAAGUACCAACAGAAAAGUGUAAAGAAAUAAAAAAAACUUCUUCAUCUUCUAAACAAGAUGAUACUGGGAGGACUUCGUCUUCCACCUCCAGAGGCAGGUCUGAGAAGGAUGACAGACAUUCUGGCUAUUCAAAGUCAGAUCGUGACUCUCGUUAUAUGGUUACACGUUCUUCAAGAUCUGAUAGAGACAGACGAAGAAGCAGAUCCCGGUCUCGUUCCCGGUCUCGAGGUUCUAGAACAGUAUCAUCCUAUUCUAGAUCUGAUAGGUCUUCAAGGUCUGAAAGGUCAUCAAGGAGUGAAAGAGUUUACUAUCAUGAUUCUGAUAGAAGAUAUCAUAGGAGCUCACCCUAUAGGGAAAGGACUAGGUCUUCCCGUUCUCAGGUAGACAGAAGGUCAAAAGAGAGUUCAGACUCUGAAGAUGAUUACAGAAAGACUCAUUCUAGAGCAAGUGAUUUAAGGAGGUCCUCAACCCAUUCUUCUUCAUACAGAGAUUCAAAAACAACUUCCUCCUACUCAAAAUCUGAAAAAGACUCUAAAGCAGAAAUCUCACGUUCUUUAUUAUCAGAAAAAAGAACAAGGUCACAUACAAAAUCUGAACGUGAAUCUCGAAAGACAUCUGAUACUGAAGUAAUCAAAAGAAAUUCUCCUGAUUUAGAACUUGACCGCCGGAAGUCAAAAGCUGACAACAGUUCAAAUUCUUUUAGUUCCAAAACAAGAUUAUCGUCUCAGAACUUGGACAAAAACUGUAAAAAGACAUCAUCUAGUUCUGACUCAGAAGAGGAGGUAAAGGAAAUACUGAAGUCCUCGUCGGUGCCUAAGUAUGAGUUAAGGGCAGCUGCACCCAAACCGACAGAUGAAAAUCAAAAACAUUCACUUCCAAAGUCCAAGGAGGUUAAAUCUUCCCAAAAAUUAGACCAUUCAUAUGAAUGUACAUCUGAGGAAACUGAAAGACAAUCAAUCAUGCAAAGCUCUACAUGUUCUGAAAAUGUUUCAUCAAAAAUAGGCCCAAUUGAUCCUGUAUCAGAUAAUUUAUCAGAUAGUUUAUGUGCAGGGAGACGAGCAAUUUGUCUUGUUAAUAGACUUUUAGUUCCUACUGCUAGUGAAUUUCUGGAAAUUGGAAAAAAACUGAACAGUCAAGACUCUGUUAAAAAUAAUGACACACAAACCCAUUCUCCGUUGCAAUCAGAGAAUUCUUUGGAAGAAUAUCAUGAUGUAAAGCUGCCUAUGCAGAGUAAAUUAAAUGCUCCUGUAAAGGUCUCAACUUACAGACUUCGUUCUUCAUCAAAGUUACAAGAUCCCGGUUCAAUAACAGAAUCAUCUUGUAGUCAGCUUCCAUCUUUGACAAUUUCUGUAACAAAGAACCAGCCCAGAGUAGUGGCAGCACAAAUCAAAGCACUUUCAGCAUAUUGUGACUCUGAUAUGGAUAUUGAUGAAGCAGAUGAAGAUGAAUCAACAGAGAUCUUAUUAGCUGGGCAACAGGAGCAAAGCUGCAACAUGUUUCCCAUUCCUGGUCAUCCUGAAACUGAGGAGAAAGAAAAAAGCCACUUAGUCAGUAUAUACACCAGUUCAGGUCAGCCAAAAGAAGUGGACAUUCUUAGGCCUUUCAAAUCCAGUUCAGCAUCUGAAGUGCAUUUUAAGGUACAUGUUACAUCCACAGAUACUCCUAUGGAGUGUGAAAAAAAUGAUUUUGAAGCUAAAGAACCAGAGCUUAUAAUGAGUGGUUCAGACCCUGAACCUAAAUUACCUUUCAGAAAUGAGUCUGAUAUUUCAAAGUAUGAUAUGUUCCCAGAUUCUUGCUCAGGUGUAUCAGAACAGAAGGAGCAUGGAGAUUGUGAGGCCAGAUUCUUUAGUAUGUCAAAGCAGUCGGUUGAAGAAACUCAUGGAGAGAUCCCUUUAUUCAGAAAUGAACAUCUUGCUUCAUCCGAUCUGGGUGUCAUUGAAAGCGACUAUCAUUCCCUUAAAUUCCCAGAACAGUCUGAAAACAAAAAUGCAAAUGUGCAAUCUGAUCAUUUUCAGAUCUUUUCUGAAGUAGAAAAUACAUCCAGCACUUUGGAACAUGCAAUGAAAGUGGAGGUUUUAGCUGAAGAACCAAGUACUCUAGUUUUAAUAAAAAAUACUUUGGUAAGUCCACUUGUUGAUUCAGUAGAGGUGAAAGAAGAAGAAGAAGAAAAAGAAGCUCCUUCAGGUAAUGUGGAAAAUGAAUCAUUUAACAUUGGUUUUCAAGACGUAGAGCCUGUUGGUGCCAUCCUGUCCUUGAAACAAGUACCAAAUGCAGAAAAGUUUUUGCAACAAACUAAAAUAAGCAUUAAGUUUUCUUCAAGUAACAUACAUUUAGAGAAUGACACAGAACCACUAUUUCUAAAACAGGAUGUUAAGGUAGAAUCUUCAUUAUAUAAAGAAAAUAAUUAUAGUCCAAACAACAAAGGUAUAGUAGAAGAAUAUGAGGAGGACAACAGUGUCCUUUCCAGAGAACGGACUUUCAAAGCUGAGGACCCCAUGUCACCAUUUUCAGAUGAGCCAGUAUUUAACUUGGCUGAAGAAAAGCUUGAACCUGAAGAAUUCUUUGAUGCUAAUCAUAUACCUGUGUUGGAUGUCAAACAGCAAGAACAAGAAAGUCACCAAAUGGAGUGCUGUUCAGAGGAAGAAUCGACUUACAAUGAAAAUGUGUCAUUGCAAUGUAACUCUUCAGAAACUACUGAUACUGUAAAGCAUAGCGCAGACUAUGAGGACGAAGAAAAUGUGGAUUCCAGUUCAGUAACAAAUCCUAACUAUACUUUCAGUGAUUGUAGGGAUAUCAGUACAAGUGAAAGCAAGCCGGACAGUAGUAGUGUUUCCUUUGAAAAAACUGUGAUUGACAAGCAAGCUACUACACUGGAACAAGGUGAAGAAGAAAACAGUGAAGAAAGUGAAACAGAUGAAUCUGGUUCAGAUACUGAUGACAGUACUGUUCCCAGGAACAGGCUACAUUCUGUAGUUGUUAUUCCAGAAAAUUCCAGCUUCACCCAGGAAAAAAGAAUUAUGCUAACUCCUUCAACGAGUUGCAGCAAUAGCCCUGUAAGACAGUCUGUGGAUUUGGUCGAGUCUCAUCCAGAAGGAGAAAGCAGUCAUUCAUGUGAUGAAGGAAACACUCUUGAUGAAAAUCUUAAUGCAGCUCACGUGAGCCCAGAGAAUGUACUAGUGUCUAGCCAUGAGCCAACUGAAACUGUUCAGCAGAUUUCUGUAUAUUCUUCAGAGAAUAUCCUUUCUCAGGAGCCUAAGGAUAUUCAGAGUAGUGUUUACCAGUCCCAGAGUAACACUGUUGAUAGCACCAGCCAUACAGAAGAAAAGCUAGUUCAUGCUGCUAGUCCUAAGCCAUGUAUCAAAUCCUUAGAGCCCAGACCAGUUGAGCAACCAUCGCAAAUCCCAACAUUGCUUCAUGGGCAACCUGAAACAAGUAACUUUUCAAACACUUCAUGGGAAACUGUUAAGUAUGAAGAUGAAAACUACUAUGAGAAGCCAGACAGCUGGCAGGGCAAAAGCUGGAACCAACAGCAGCAACUGCAAAAUUACCAUUGUGAGGAAUUUACUCAAGCAGAGCAGUUUUCAAGAAAUAAUUUGGGCCACCUUAACCAAGAUUUUAUGCAGUCAGAGGUGCCUAGCACAACAUACCAACAACCAGACAGCAGCUAUGGGAUGUACUCUGGGUACACUUACCAGCACCAGCAACCUCCACCUCCAGUACAGCAAAAUCUGCAUUAUCAACAAGAAACAAAUUAUAAAGCGGGGCAACCUUGCUGGCAAGGCAAUAGCUACCCAGGCCCUAAAGUGGACACAAAGACAUUUGGGAUGGGAUAUAUAGGUGGCCCAGCACAAUAUUUGGAUCCAGUGGGUCAGGUGCACCCUGACUCAAUGACUGGGGAUUAUGAAGAUGAUGCCAACUGGGGCACUAAUUACAGCAGUCAGGAAGUAAGUGAAAGUAAAAGUGUAGAGCCUCUUCAACACCAGCAGACACCCAUCCCUUCGUCUUUUGUUCAGACCAACGAAAUCACCAGUAAUUCUAAAGGAACUAUCAGUAGCACUCCAGAAAUAGUUUUAGCCCCUGAAUCACGAAAGGAACUGGGUUGCAAACCAUCAAAAGGUAAAGGGCCCCCUAAAAAAAGGCGUCCAGAAAUUGAUUCUGAUUCAGAAAAUGAAGCAGACUUGGGUUCAAGUAAGAAAGAGAUUUUGGACCAAGCACAGGUACCUAAAGUUGCAUCUCCAUACUCUUCUGACACAGAGCAGCUUCCCCUUUUGAGCUUGCACCAUUUCCAGGACCCACUGGCAUGGAAGGAAAAGGCUAAACUUGGAAAGAUGCCACCAUACUUUGAUUUAAUUGAAGAGAAUCUCUACCUGACUGAAAGAAAGAAAAACAAAUCUCACCGAGAUAUCAAACGUAUGCAGUGUGAAUGCAGCAUUCUGGCCAAGGAGGAGAGAGCUCAGGGAAUGGUUGCCUGUGGAGAUGAUUGCCUGAAUAGAUUGCUCAUGAUCGAGUGUUCUUCCAGAUGCCCAAAUGGACAGUACUGCUCAAAUCGACGAUUCCAGCGCAAACAGCAUGCAGAUUUUGAAGUUAUUUUGACUGAGAACAAGGGUUGGGGACUUCGUGCUGCUGUGGACCUUCCACCCAACACAUUUGUUCUGGAAUACUGUGGUGAAGUGUUGGAUCACAAAGAGUUUAAAGCCAGGGUGAAGGAAUAUGCCCGCAGCAAGAAUAUUCACUACUAUUUCAUGGCCUUGAAGAACAAUGAGAUCAUUGAUGCUACUUUGAAGGGUAACUGCUCAAGAUUCAUGAACCAUAGCUGUGAGCCCAACUGUGAGACACAGAAGUGGACCGUAAAUGGACAACUUCGUGUGGGAUUCUUCACUACAAAAUUAGUUCCUGCUGGUGCAGAGCUUACUUUUGACUAUCAGUUCCAGAGAUACGGGAAGGAGGCCCAGAAAUGUUUAUGUGGAGCUCCAAGCUGUCGUGGUUUCCUGGGUGGAGAAAAUCGAGUCAGUAUUCGGGCUGCAGGAGGGAAGAUGAAGAAGGAACGGUCCCGUAAAAAAGAUUCCGUGGACGAGGAGCUGGAAGCUCUGCUGGAGAAUGGAGAUGGUCUCUCAGAUGAAAAGCAAGUUCUUUCUCUUUGUCGACUCAUGGUGCGAGUGGAAACAAUGGAACAGAAACUUACAUGCCUCAAGCUUAUUCAGAACACCACAAAUCCAACAUGCCUCAAGCUGUUCCUUGAUCAUCAUGGCCUCUCUCUUCUCUGGAUUUUCAUGGUGGAACUGGGUGAAGGAAAGGGUAAUUCAAGCAAUACUCGCAAACUGCAGCUGGAGAUCAUGAAAACCUUAGCUGUGCUCCCUAUCUCUACUAAGAACAUGUUGGAAGAAAGCCGUGUCCUUCAUUUCAUACAGCGAUGGGCACAGACUAAAUUACUUUUACCCCAAGGAAGUGAACUGGAUGGCUAUUCAAGUGAGAAUACAUCUCGUGCUCAGACUCCUCUUAAUACACCGGAUGGUACUGGUAGCCAAAAACCCAUUCAUGAACUGGACACAGACACUCCCAAGCGUGCAGUAUACCGCCGACUGAAGAUCAUCAGUGAGAACAGCAUGGAUAGUGCUCUUUCAGAUGCUAGCAAGGCAUCAGAUGGUGAACUUGAAGUCAAGGAGGGGGAAGAUGAAGAGGAGGUAGACUCUUCCCAAAUUGAUACUUCUGAAAGCCAGUCUGCAGACAGCAGUGAACUACAGGUUAAAAGGACUCAACCUCAAAUUCAAAAUGUAGGAGAAGGCAAACCAGAAUUGAAUUUGCAGGCCAAGGCUAAGGCUGUAAGGACAGAAAGUGGCGAGUCUGUAAAUCACAGUGGAGAAUUUAAGACUAGUGAGGUAAUUGGUGAAGAAAGUAGAAAAGUGCUGGCAAAACCAGAGAUACAGUGUAUUGAAAAUAGUGACACCAAGACAGACAACAGAACACCUCAGUCUGAAAGUCUUUCUUCGCAGGGAGAGGCAAAAGACUCUCAUCAGCUUGAGGAAUCUGCAACUAUCCAAAAACUAGAUGAGUCUGUAACUGUGGAAACGCCUUCACAAGAUGAGGAAGAAGGUUUGUCAGAUGUUGAAAGUGAACGUAGCCAGGAACCUCCAGACAAGAUUGUUGAUAUUAGUGAAAUGGCUGCCAAGUUGCUGGACAGCUGGAAAGACCUAAAGGAGGUGUACCGCAUUCCCAAGAAGAGCCAGACAGAGAAGGAGCUUUACGAUCGAAGUCGGGAUGGGCAAAACCAGCGUGACCUGCUUCUUACCCCACGCACCCCUUCUGCAAGCCGUGAAAGAGAACGAGAUCGAGAGAGAGAAGCAGAGCGAAUGCCCCAGAGCAAAGAGCGUAAAAGACGGCGCUCAUCUCUGUCUCCACCUCCUUCAGCAUAUGAGAGGAGCAGUCGAAGAGGAGAUGACCGGGGUUCCCCUACCCCAGCGCUUCCCAAACCAUGGGGCCUGCCCCCCCAAGGGGUUGCCAGUGAGUCACUGGGGGAGUGCCAGAGGUAUGAUUUGCAAAACAAUGGCAGCAACAGGAAGGUCAGAACAAAGGAACACAUUAAGCUGUCCACAGAGGAGAGGCGUAAACUAUUUGAGCAAGAAGUGGCUCAACGUGAAGCUCAUAAGCAACAGCAGCAAAUGCACACUAUGGGCGUUAAUUCCUCCAUGACAUAUGAUCCAAUGGGCUACAAUGGAAACCCUCAUCAAAGUUUCAUGGGCUACCCUCCAGGUUAUCCCAUGCAAACAUAUGUAGAUCCAACAAACCCCAAUGCUGGAAAAGUACUUUUGCCAACACCACCCGUGGAACCUUUGUGUACAACACUGACAUAUGAGCAAACACCAUCCUCUCAGCCAAUGCUGCCAGACCCAUCUCUCACCAGCCCAACUCAGCAAACGGUUGCACCAGUUCAGCAUGUUCCUCCACCCAUUGAAGUCCCUAGUACACCUCAGUAUGUGCCACCAAGUGUACCUCAAGACCCCAGCGUGCCUGUCCUCUCUGUGCCUCCUCCUACUGGACAACCAGUACAAGGACAGAGUUAUGCUUUAUGGGACCCCAGUUCUCAGCAGUCUUUAGCUGUGCCAGCCCAACCACAGCCUCAGCAGUAUCAGACAACACAAACACAACCGGCCAUUUACUACCAGGGCCAGCCGUGUCAGACUGUAUAUGGUAUCACUACACCUUAUCCACAGACAAACACUUCUGUUGUCCAGAGUUAUGCCCAACCCACGUCACCAUAUAUACAAGGCCAGCAGGUAUAUUCUACUCACCAACAGGGAAUGGUAUUACAGCAAGCGGGAACAGUAACCGCAAUUGUAACUGCACAGACUGUUCAACAGGAGUUAUUAGUGCCUAACAACCUUAUGGACCUUCCUCCACCAUCUCCUCCAAAGCCCAAGACCAUUGUUCUUCCACCAAACUGGAAAGCAGCCCGAGAUCCUGAAGGAAAAAUAUAUUACUAUCAUGUUGUCACCAGGCAAACACAGUGGGACCCCCCAUGCUGGGAAGGAGGAAAUGAGGACUCAAAUGCUGAUCAUGAAGCUGAAAUGGAUUUGGGAACUCCCACAUAUGACGAGAAUCCAACUAAGGAUCUGUCAUUAUCUCAAGAUGGGAGCUUAGAUGGAACGCCUAAUGCUUACAAGUUUUCUACAAAAGCUAAGACAGCAGAAGCAGAUACUUCCAGUGAAUUAGCAAAGAAGAGCAAGGAAGUAUUUCGAAAAGAGAUGUCUCAGUUCAUUGUCCAGUGCCUAAACCCCUAUAGAAAACCAGAUUGCAAGCUCGGUCGGAUCUGUAACACAGAUGACUUCAAGCAUCUUGCCCGAAAGCUGACACAUGGAGUAAUGAACAAGGAGCUAAAAUCUUGCAAGAACCCAGAGGACCUGGAAUGUAAUGAAAAUGUGAAGCACAAGACUAAGGAAUAUAUAAAAAAAUAUAUGCAGAAAUUUGGGCCAGUUUACCGUCCCAAGGAAGAUCCUGAUGUGGAUUAGUACCAGCUGUGCACUGCUAAUUCUUGAAUGGAUAUUCAUAAGUACUGCACAUUAAUCUGGGACCACCUCUUUAGGCCUGGAUUCUUGUGAUGCUUUUCUCUCUUCUAAAGGAAAUCUGAGAGUAUUCCAGCACUGGAUAUUUGUUAGUGAGACGACUUCACAUUGGCUGAAGGGAGGGAAAGCCAACAACAUAAUGCAGCCUCUUGCAGCUAAAUUCAUAGACCCCUCGUCCCUUUUUUAACAGCAGUGAAUGGAUUUGAAGAUUCAACAGUCUAAUUCCCAAAGGAGCUAAAUUACAAAAGCUCAAGAAGGAACCAGUUGUUUGAAUAAUAUAUCUUCAAAGAGAACAUCAACUCAUAAAUGAUUUUUUCUAUUGACAGACACUAACUGUGCUGUUCUCAUUGUGAUUAACAAUAGAGUUAUAUUUUCAAACUUUUACCUUUGUACUUCCAGAGGGGUGGAAUGCACACACAGAAUUGAUUAGAAGUGGAUGUGUGUGUGUGCACAUGUUUGUGCGUAUGUGUUUGUAUGUAUGCAAAUAUGUAUAUAUGUAUGAAUUGAAAUAGGUUGCCAUUACUAAUUUAAAUAGACCAAAAAUCCAAUUUGUUUGGCACUGUUUAAGUUAGUAGUCUUUGAAGGUAUCAAAGUUUUCACAAAACUUUUUUUUUUUUUUUUUUUAAACUUCUGUAGACCAGGAAGUAAUUUUUUUGCAGCAGUACACAGCAAUGUUUAUCAGUCAAUAUACAUUAAAAGUUAAAUCUAAAGAUAUAAUGUAAAUGUAAUGGCUAAAUAUAUACAGUCCACCUUAUUUUCUAACUUGGCAGCUUACUUGGUCAGUUCCGGCCUGGAAACAGCUGUUUCAGGUGGGUGUGUGCGUAUGUAUAUAUAAAUCUAAACUGUUAAAUAGGAAUGCCACAAAAAUUGGCAAUGGGUGCUAUCUCAGCCAGUUACUUUUCUGUUUUUUAUUUUAUUUUUAUAAAUGAAGAUAAAACCUAAAUAUAUCUUUCAUGAUCAUACAUAUAUUUAGGCCACUACAGGACUUGUGUGCAUGUGUGCUUGAUGCUUAUGUGGGUUUAUUUAUGGCUGGUCCUGUUUUUCAUCAACCUUAGACUAUUUGUUAAGCUGAAGUUGUCAUACUUGUUAAAUAGGAGUCUAGCUAGAAGCUAAUGAUCUAGUUACACUUAAGGGCAUUGUCAACCAGUAAUCUCCACAACCUUCAGUCAGUAGACCAUUUACUUUUCAUGCCAGAGUUGGAACAUAUUGGCAUUGCCUUGUUUAAAUUGGAAACGCUUGCUUUUGGCAAUGUAGUACAGUUCAAAGGGUGUAUCUAGCCAAAAUGAAGAAGAAGAAAAAAAAACUUUACCAUUAAAUUUGAAGGCAGUGACCUAAAAUCUUACAAAUAAUCAUUUUAAGUAGCAUCUAAAUUUUUAAGAAGAAGGUAGUUCUUGGUGGAAUAAUUCAGAAUCAUAGUGGAGAGUGGUAUCAAUGAUCAUAAAGUAGAUUUUAAGAUCUUUCCAAGUUGUGUACUCCAGGCCAAGUCUUUAGUCACUCUGCUUGACUUGUACUCAUGCACAUGCAUAGCAUUACGAGAUGAUAUGUUGGGUAUCUAGAACAUUUGAAGCAAUAUAUGUUUUUCAUAAAAGUUGCCAUACAAUUGUAACUGGAGUACUCAUCAGAAAUACUUUUUUCAGAAGUACAUCUUUUAACCUUAUUUUUUCCCCUGACCACAAAUAUGAAUUGGAAUUUCUGGUUCAGGAGAGCCCUUUAAAGGGAAUGGUAGUAUUUUGCAUUGGUGCCUAUUUUGUGGCACGACUCCAAAAAGCAGAGGGUAUAAAUAACAUGUCCAAAAGUAAUAAUAUGUUUUAAUAUUUAUAUGGCCACAUUCAUUAAUCAAUAUAUAAUCUGAUUCUUGAAUCAAGUCACUGUUAAGCUAAGAUAGCCUGUCAUGGCAGCUGUUCCUCUUUUUAGAGCAAAAAAUAAA